AUGCAGGCUAAAGUCCACCAGACUUCAGUAUCAUCUUCUUCCAUAUGCACUCAGCUGGCCAGCCUCACAGAUUUGCACGAAGGAAUUAAUAAUUUGAUUCAGCUUCGAUCUGUCCAACAAGCCCUCACCGGUGAAAAUUGGGCAAGUGAGUUGCUCGAUAGAUCUCUCAAGCUUGUUGACAUUUGUGGAAUUGUCUGUGAUGUUAUAUAUUUGACAAAGGAAUCAGUUCAAGAACUCCAAUCAUCUUUGAGGAGAAAUAGAGACAUGAAUGAAUAUAUCAAUUCAAGAAAAAAGAUCAACAAAAUGGUUAAAAAGUGCAUAAAAAUUUUGAAGAGUUCGUACCUAUGUUCUACAGAGCUGUUAAACAAAGACAACAAUCUUAAGGCCAUUGUGAGCAUGGUAAAAGAAGCACAGACACAUGAAGAAAAGAAUGCUGAGGAAUGGUAUGCCUUGAAUAUUCACAAACUGCAAAAAGACAUGGACACAGUAUCUGUGCAAAAUAUCUUGAAGCAGUUGAAUGCAUCAGAAAUGACCAUCCAGGAACUUGAAGAGAACUUAGAAUCCUUCUUUAGGAGUAUAGUUAAAACUAGAGUUUCUCUUCUUACUGUCCUCAACAAUCUAUCCUUUACUGAUAAGGCUCAUAUAAAAGAAUCUGACAACAUUAUAGACGAUUUCAGACUUUUCAGCUAUAAAUUUAGUAGAUUCCUCAAAAAUGGUUUUCUGUUACUAGCAAGAGUUAUAGCUAUGACCAUCUGUGUGACUUUGGCUGCAUCGAUGGCUGCAAAGCUACGUCCAACACCUAUGGCUGCUUUUCAGAUUUGUUUGCAGCUGUCCUCUUCUAAAUUUGGAGAGAUCAACAGCCAAUAUGUUUCCAAGGAGAAGCCAUGUGAACCCUCAACAUACUGA